CAUGAGAUAACCGCUGGCCACUCGCGACAAUAGCCUAUGUAUUCGUGGGUGUCCCCAACUUGUCACUUACGUUCGAAGCCUUCGUGAUCCUCAGGGCCACCUACUCUUGAAACAACAGGGCUUGAGAUGGCUGCUCCAAAGAAAACUAUUCUUUUGGCUUGUGGAUCAUUUAAUCCACCAACACAUAUGCAUCUGAGAAUAUUUGAAAUUGCAAGAGACUACCUUCACAGAAUGGGAAAACACCAUGUCAUUGCUGGCCUGAUGUCUCCUGUACAUGAUGCAUAUGGAAAAAAGGAUCUGGCGCCCGCCUCCGACCGCUGCGAGAUGGUGCGCCGGGCCCUGCAGACCUCCGACUGGGUCCACCUUUCCGACUGGGAGUGCGGCCGCACCGCCUGGACGCCCACCAGACAGGUGCUGCAGCACCACCAGGAGCUGGUCGACUCCAUGGUGAACGGCAACCUGGACAGCGCGGCCAAGCGACAGCGUACGGAGGAGCUCGGCUGGACACGCGACCUGGGCACGGAGCAGUUGCACCUCAAGCUACUCUGCGGUGGAGACCUGCUCGAGUCAUUCGGAAAGCCCGGACUCUGGAAGGAGGAGGACAUCGAAGCCAUCGUGGGCUCCUUUGGUCUGGUCGUGAUCACGAGGGAAGGCAGCAACCCUCUGAAGUUCAUCUACGAGUCAGACGUGCUCACCAGACUACAGAGGAACAUUGAUCUGGUGACCGAGUGGAUCGCUAACGAGGUGAGCUCGUCCCGCAUUCGCCGGGCGCUGAGCCGCGGCGAGAGCGUCAAGUACCUGCUGCCAGAGCCGGUGAUCGGCUUCAUUCAGCAGCGCGGACUAUUCGGCGUCACCAGUGAGUAUGCGAAGCGGCUGUCGCUGCUGGUGCAGCCGAUGCAGCUGCCGCCCUCCUUCCUCACGCCGUCCCCCAGCGACGUGGACAUGACGUACUGCGAGGGCGCGCCGUCGCCGCGUCCGCUGACCGCGCCCCCUAGGCGCCUCACCGAGCGAGACCGCGUCAGGAUCGAGGUGCUGCUGGACGGCGUGGUGGUCAUCAGCGACAGGGAGACGUGCCUGUGA